AGUCGGCUUUUUCAACGUUCCAGAAUUGAAGUCUGUCAGAAUUUAAUAGACGAGAGACCGCGACGUUUGGCUUUUCGUUCGGCGGCACUUGUUUAGUGUUUGUUCUCGAAAAAUGAAGAAACUGGGGCUCGUUGUGGUCGCCCUCAUUUUCAUUGCGGGCUGUGCAAAAGCAGAAGAGGAUCCUCUGGUGCAGGGGACUGUGGAAAAAGUCGACUUGGAUCUUGGAGCAAGCAGAGAUGGAUCACGAACAGAUGAUGAAGUUGUUCAAAGGGAGGAGGAAGCAAUCAAAUUGGAUGGUCUCAAUGUUGCUCAGUUGAAGGAAUUGAGGGAAAGAGCUGAGAAGUUUACAUUCCAAACUGAAGUGAACCGUAUGAUGAAGCUCAUUAUUAAUUCUUUGUAUAGAAAUAAAGAGAUUUUCCUGAGGGAAUUGAUCUCAAACGCCUCAGACGCCCUAGAUAAAAUCCGCAUGUUAUCCCUCACAGACAAGAGUGUUUUGGACUCGACGCCGGACAUGAACAUCCGCAUUAAAGCGGACAAAGAGGCGGGAAUGUUGCACAUAACCGACACCGGAAUCGGCAUGACCAAGGAGGAUUUAGUUAAUAAUCUUGGAACCAUUGCUAAAUCUGGAACUGCCGAGUUUUUGAGCAAGAUGCAAGACGCCUCUUCUGCUCAAGACAUGAAUGAUAUGAUAGGACAAUUUGGCGUUGGUUUUUAUUCUGCUUUUUUGGUCGCCGACAAGGUGAUCGUCACCACCAAACACAACAGCGACAAACAAUACAUUUGGGAGAGCGACUCUUCUAGUUUUAGCAUCGUUGAAGAUCCCAGAGGAGACAGUUUAAAGAGAGGUUCUACAAUUAGUUUGCAAUUGAAACCAGAAGCCAAAGACUUUUUGGACUUGAGCAACAUCCGCAAUCUGGUCAAGAAAUACUCGCAGUUCAUCAACUUCCCAAUUUACUUGUGGGCAGACCGUACUGAAACCGUGGAAGAACCACUAGACGAAGACACCCCUGAAAAAGAAUCAAAGCCUGAAGAGGAAGACGAAGAUGCGGCCGUGGAAGAGGAGAAGGAGGACGAGAAACCCAAGACGAAAAAGGUGGAGAAGACCGUCUGGGACUGGGAACUGUUGAACGACAGCAAGCCGAUCUGGACCCGAAAACCGUCCGAAGUCGAAGACUCCGAAUACGACGAGUUCUACAAAGCCCUGACCAAAGAUUCCAAGGAGCCGCUGACUAAAAUCCAUUUUGUGGCUGAAGGAGAGGUGACUUUCAAAUCACUUUUGUACAUUCCCAAAGUCCAGCCGUCCGAAAGCUUCAACCGUUACGGCACCAAGACCGACAACAUUAAGCUUUACGUCAGGAGAGUCUUCAUCACGGACGAGUUCAACGACAUGAUGCCCUCGUACUUGAGUUUCGUGCAAGGUGUCGUCGAUUCGGACGAUUUGCCACUGAAUGUGUCACGUGAGACCUUGCAACAGCACAAGCUCAUCAAGGUUAUUAAAAAGAAAUUGGUGCGUAAAGUCUUAGAUAUGCUUAAGAAAAUUCCCGAAGAGGAUUACGCCAAAUUCUGGAAGGAGUUCUCGACCAACAUUAAACUGGGAACCAUUGAAGACCCCAGCAAUCGUACCAGGCUGGCCAAACUGUUGAUGUUCUACACCUCAAACGGCGAAGAACUCACCAAUCUGGCCGACUACGUCAAGAGAAUGAAGCCUAAACAAGAAAAGAUCUUCUACAUCGCCGGCUCUUCCAAAGAGGAGGUGAAAAAGUCUCCGUUCGUUGAACGAUUGUUGCGCAAAGGCUACGAAGUACUGUACUUGGUGGAGGCCGUGGAUGAGUACGCAAUCUCAGCCAUCCCUGAAUUCGAGGGCAAGAAAUUCCAGAACGUGGCCAAAGAAGGAUUCUCUUUAACCGAAGCUGAAGGGGGCAAAGAACAAUUGGAGGAGCUGAAAAAAACCUUCGAACCCUUGACCAAGUGGCUGAACGACGACGCCUUGAAGGAUCAAAUCGCCAAGGCCACAAUUUCGGAAAGGCUGAGCGACUCACCAUGCGCCUUGGUGGCCAGCAUGUUCGGCUGGACCGGCAACAUGGAACGUCUGGCCAUUUCCAACGCGCAUCAAAAGUCCGAUGACCCCCAAAGAUCUUACUAUUUGAGCCAGAAGAAGACGUUGGAGGUUAACCCGAGACAUCCACUCAUUAAGGAACUGUUGAAAAGGGUGAACGACGAUCCGGCCGAUCCGACCGCCAAGGAUAUGGCACUUAUGCUGUUCAGAACUGCCACUUUAAGAUCUGGUUAUAUGUUAAGGGAGACGGCUGAUUUUGCUCAGAGCAUCGAGGUGAUGAUGAGGAAGACGCUCGGCGUGCCAAUCGACGAACAAGUUGAAGAUGAGGAAGACAUACCUGAAGAUGGCAUUCCAGAUGAUGAGAAUGGCGAUAUUAAAGACGAUGAACAUGAUGAAUUGUAAUUAAGUGUUGAUGUGUGAUAUGUUAUAUAAGUAUAAAUGAUCGCAAGAGCGAGCAGAAGACUGUAUAAUUUUUGUAUCUGUAAUUUAAUUAAGAUGAUGCGUACUAUAAAUUAUUAAUUUUGUUUUCUAAAUAAAAUAUAAACCAUC